AUGGCUACAUUCUUAGGCAGCAGCAGAGGUGGCUUUGCUCUACGGAGAGGGCGAGGCCGCGGCGGAAGAGCUCCGUUCUUCACGACGACCAGGAAGCCGAUGGAACCUGACCUUGAGAAACAUCCGCUUGGAGACCUUAUCAAGGAGUUUCACAGCUCGGAUCUGAGCUCGAAACUAAUCGAUCUGGCGGAAAUAUCUGAUUGCCAGUAUGUCGCAUCGUACAACUGGCUCAACGACGAAGUACCUACCAUCGUCAUUCCAGGCAAACCUCCUCAAUGGACACCACUUCAUGCACCGCAGCGUUUGAAGGAAGACAGCGGACAAUACUUCCGUGACCCCAACGCCGCUAAAUAUCCCGACUACCCAAUGGCACCUGUCGUGCAUGCCGUUGUGGAGGCCGACCCCGAAUUCGACGCUGCGAGCACCGAUCUCUUCGCAUGUGGGAGCACUCUCGGCAAUCUCCUACGCUUCGCCCGCGGUAUUGACAAAGCUUUUCGUUUCAACGUCGAGGUCGUCGGCGAGACUGUGUUCUUCAUACGGAAAGAGAAUCACCCUAAAGAGGUCAUUAAGGAUAUCAGAGGCUUUGGUCAUACUUUUCCAGAGGCAUACACCACAUGGGAGCACAGCGUUGAAGGCUCCGAAACUCACCAACGCAUCGUACGAUAUGAGUUCGGAGGCUUGGAUUGUCUUGUACGUUUCGAGAGCGAUGGCUACUUCCGAGAGGCUCCAGCAGUCAACCAUACUGCGCCUGCAAAGACUACUGUGAACCAAGAUGAUCUUCUUCACGCAUUCCAAAGUGCAGCAAUCAGCCACCCAUCCAAUACUGCGAUCAGCAAGCCUGAUGCAUUGAAGAUCAAACAUGGCGGAUCUGCGGUACCGCAGCAAUGUAUAUUCGACCUGAAAACGCGCUCAGGCAGACGCAAGAGAGACAUCGACAUGAGCGACAUCUAUCCUGCACUCUGGAUCAAACAGAUAUCUAACUUCAUUGUCGCCUAUCACGAUGGCAGUGGUCUCUUCGAAGACAUCCGAGUGCAAAAUGUUAAGAACGAUGUGCAAGCCUGGGCCGGAGAUAAUAGGGACGGCAUCCGUCGUUUUGCCACCCUUCUCGACAGGAUCGUUGACAUCGCCAGGAGCAAUGCGAGCAAAUUGCUCGAAGUGUGUUGCUUCGGAACGGAUCGCUUGGAGAUCCGAAACCAGUACGAGGACGGUGUGCAUGCGUUGCCUGCGGAUUUGGUAGACCGCUGGAAAAAGACUAAGAUGGGUGUCGUCUCUGCUCAGGGUGAUGGCUCGGACGAAUUCGAACAUGGUGACGGCGGUAUCGGCGUUGAUGACAGGUAUGACCUCGACACUAACUCAGACGAUUCAUCUUCCGAACCAGACUACACUGCUUGUUCCGCUCACGAUUGUGGCUACUGCGGAAAGUGCACGUAUUGA